AAUUCACUCAAUCAAUAUCUCUCAAGUCUCACCUUCCCAUAGCUGGUGCACAAACCACCUCCGACCACCGCUCCGCCCAUUCCCGGCCACCUGCGGCCGUGCGACCACUCUCACGACCACCGCGUCUCUUCUCCGACCAAGCUCUCAGGUACCGUUUUCUGUGUAUUCAGCAGUUCCUUGAGGUUUGGUCUCAUCAAAGAUAUCAGUUAUUGGAUUAAGGUUUCUUCCAAUAUUUGUCGGGUCGCAGUCACAUUCGUAUUUCACAAAAAUCUUACUCAGCUUUUCAGAUACCAACGCAAAUUUCGGUUCCAAAAUGGGUGCGACGCAAGCGGAGAGAGAAGAGAAGGUCUCUUUGGAGCUGAGUGAAGAAAUUCUUCAGAGUAUGGAAGUAGGAAUGGCCUUCAAAGACUACAAUGGUAAAAUUAGUUCGAUGGAUUUUCACAGGGCAUCCAAUUAUCUAGUGACUGCUAGUGAUGAUGAAUCAAUUCGUUUGUAUGAUGUUACUGGUGGAACAUGCUUGAAGACAAUUAACAGUAAGAAGUACGGGGUUGACCUGGUUUGCUUCACAUCUCAUCCUACAACAGUCAUUUACUCUUCUAAAAAUGGCUGGGAUGAAUCUUUGCGGCUUCUAUCAUUGCAUGAUAACAAGUAUUUAAGAUAUUUCAAAGGUCAUCUUGACAGGGUUGUCUCGCUUAGCUUAUGUUCCCGGAAAGACUGCUUUAUAUCUGGAUCUCUAGAUCGAACUGUUUUACUAUGGGAUCAGAGGGCUGAGAAGUGUCAGGGACUUUUACAUGUACAAGGAAGGCCCGCUAUAUCAUAUGAUGAUCAAGGGUUGGUCUUUGCAGUUGCCUUUGGAGGAUGCAUAAGAAUGUUUGAUCCUCGCAUGUAUGAAAAGGGUCCCUUUGAGACAUUUUUUGUUGAGGGAGAUAUUUCGGAUGCAAAUGUUGUGAAGUUCAGUAAUGACGGAAGACUCGUGCUUUUUACUACUGUGGAUGGGCGCAUUCAUGUACUUGACUCAUUUCGUGGCACACUUUUAUCCACAUAUAAUGUCACACCUGUCUCCUGCAACUCCACACUAGAAGCUUCUUUCAGCCCCGAGGGAAUGUUUGUAAUAUCAGGCUCAGGGGAUGGCAGAAUCUGUGCAUGGAAUGCUCGAAGUGGCAAAGAAGUUGCAACUUGGAGGAGUGCAACUUCUGAUACUGGACCUCCUGUCAUAAAGUGGGCUCCUGGGAAUCUUAUGUUUGCAACUGGAUCUUCUGAGCUGUCAUUUUGGAUUCCAGAUUUGUCUAAAUUGGGAGCUUAUGUUGGAAGGAAGUAGAAACUCUGCAUGAUAAAUCUAUUAUUUGCCCCUCAAUCCACUAUAAGCAAAUAUGCAGCGAAGCACUACUAACAAACUUUGCUGUCGAUUGUAAAUAUCAUUAUCCGAAGGCAAAAAGCAACAGAUUUCAUUGAGCCUCCUAAACUGUGCAAGUUGAGAUAUCUAAAUGUACUUGUGUUCUUUCUGCUGAUAUUCUUUGUUAUAGAUGUUUACUUUAUUAUAGUUGCUUAGUUAUGGUCCUCUGGAUCAGUAGGUGCAGCACCAAAAGCAUUGUUUGCAGUUUGAUUGAUCAUAAAAUUUAACUAUCCUGCAGGCCAUGGUUUUGCCAUUA